GUUCUGAUUAGGUCCAGUAAUGUAAAUCCACAAAUAUAAAUGCUUGAUGAUUCUGAGCAGGUUGGUGAACUCUCUAGUGAUAUAAUCCCACGUAGAAUGUGAUAUAUUCCAAUUACAGUCUAUAAAUAAUGAUAAUAUUUGAUUUAGACUUCAGCUAACUCAAUCACAAACGUAAAUAGAACGAGGGAUGCGUGAGUAGUAAUGUAUUUGCGAAAAACCAAAAGUGUGUCACGCUAAGUAAGAAGCACAACAGAAAGUGUGUUCAAGGUCAUUUACUAAAACAACAGUUACAGUCAUUUAAUGUUAAAUAUACAUACAGGGAAGGUUGACAAAAUAAAUACAAAUAACAUUGAAAACUAUUUACAACAUAAGGUUGUCAGGCCUAUCUCCACAAUCUAUCCUCAUUAUUGAAGAACUGUGCAGUUAUUCAGCGCAAUUUCCAAAUUCCUACUGGCGUGUUGUUGUGGUAUGGCUUUGCGUACUCAUUUUGAGGGUGUUAGUGAUAUUGGUGUGUUUUCCAAACUUACAAAUAACUACUGCUUGGUUUCUGUUGGAAGUUCCGAAAACUCCAACAGUGUAUUCAGAGAUGAACUUCCAGAAAACUUUCCUGUUAUUGAUACAACGAUCGCUGGUAUUCGAGCUGUUGGGAGAAUGACUGUAGGCAAUACUCAUGGUCUCCUUGUUCCACACUCAACAACUGAUCAAGAACUGAUGCAUUUGACAAAUUCCGUGCCAGACAAAGUAAAGGUAGUACGCGUUGAAGAACGCCUAUCAGCUCUUGGGAAUAUAAUUGCUUGCAAUGAUUACGUAGCCCUCGUUCGUCCAGACCUAGAUAAAGAGACUGUGGAAUUGGUCAGCGACGUGUUGAAUGUUGAGGUUUUUUGUGAAGUCAUUGCAAAUCAUCUUCUCGUCGGAACAUAUUGCGUGCUAACAAACCAGGGUGGACUUGUUCAUCCUAAAGUUACAGUUGACGAAUUAGAUCAGUUGAGUAGUCUUCUUCAUCUUCCACUAACUGCUGGGACCGUAAACCAAGGAAGUGCACUUAUUGCAGCUGGACUUGUGGUCAACGAUUGGGCAGGAUUUUGUGGUCAGAAAACGACAAGCACAGAAAUUCAGGUGAUUGAGUCCAUAUUUAAAUUAGAUGGUGAAAUGAACGUCCUUGUCGCGGAUUCAAUGCACGAUGCCUUGGUCGAAAGCCUUAGCUGAUGCGCCUGUUGGAUUCUAUACAGAUGCCUCAUUUAUUGUGAAGAAUAUUAUCCUGUUGCGUAUCCCUACAUUCGUGUACAUUUAUUUCUGAACUUCAAAAAUUGGCAACUUUACAUCCCAAAAUCUGUAAAAUGAGCAUAUACUCUUUGUAUAAUCAAUUUUACACAAUUAGAUUGAUAUGAUUUCACUUUAUUUGCGCGUAUUCUGUUAUAAUUUUCCGUCUUUUGAAAAAAGUGACUUUCAAAACAAA